UGUCGUUGUUUGUAUCUACCCGAAUUGGGCCGAAGUCGCGAGGUGGCGCCGGUUUCGGCCCAGAUGGGAGCCAACUAUGUGCGAAAGGAACAAGAAGGACAACCCGAGAGUUGCUGGCAUGUGGACGUUGGGCGGCUAAGCUGGGGAUGCAAGUGCAACUUCAAGUUCACCGUCUGCAUUCAUGUUAUCUUCACCCUGUAG